CACACUAGGACAUGUUACAUAACCCUUCCUCUCCCUCCUCUUCCCUCGAAAAACAACCUACUCUGAUCCGCGGCUUGACGGAUGAGAAGAAUCGGUUGACAAAUCAUGAUUUUUCAAGCUCUUUACGAGUGUCUGGACGCGAGUGGCUGGCUGCUGCUUGCGUUGGCGGCUCUGCUGUUGACAGAUGUGCUGCGAAACUGGCGGCCCGGCACUUUCCCACCGGGACCUUUGGCCCUGCCUUUUCUCGGGAAUGUCUUCACUGCAAUGGACUACCAAGCCUUGGAGAGCCUCGCCAAGAAGUACGGCCCCGUGUUCAGCUUGAGGCAAGGCAGUGAGAGGGUGGUGUUUGUCUCGGGGUACCACAUGGUCAAAAAGACACUGGUCAGCCAGCCGGACAGCUUUGUGGAGCGGCCCGCUCUCCCGCUUUUCGAUGAAAUGUUCAAGGGUAUCGGUGUGGUGAUGAGCAACGGUUACCUGUGGAAGAAGCACAGGAAGUUUACCCUCUCCUACCUACGCCACUUUGGAGAAGGCCAGCGAUCCCUGGAAAACUACAUCAAAGUGGAAUGUGACUUCUUGUGCGAGGCCUUCAAAGAGGAGCAAGGGAAGCCAUUCAACCCUCACUUCACUCUCACCAACGCGGUUGGCAACGUCAUCUCCACGGUGCUGUUUGGACACCGCUUUGAGUACAGCGAUGGAAACUACCGCAAAUUUCUCGAGCUGGACAACGAGGCCAUUCUGCUAGCCGGUUCUCCAUUUGCACAGCUCUACAACGCCUUCCCCUCUCUAUUCAAGUACCUGCCAGGCCCGCACCAGACAGUCCUCGCCAACUACAGGGAGAUCGAGCUCUUCCUGAAGGCUGAAGUGCAAAAGCACCAGGAGCAGUGGAACCCGGAGCAACCCCGCGACUUCAUUGACGAGUACAUUGCGGAGAUAGAAAAGCUGAAGGAAGACCCCGAAGCCGGAUUCAACAUUGAAAGCUUGCUGGUUUCCAGCCUGGACCUCCUGGAGGCGGGCACGGAGACCUCAGCCACCACCUUGCGCUGGGCUCUGGUGUACAUGAUGCACUAUCCGGAUAUACAAAGGAAAGUCCAGGCGGAAAUCGACAAUGUGAUUGGACAAUCUCGCCUGCCCGCGCUGUUAGACCGACUUAACAUGCCCUACACCGAAGCUGUCAUUUAUGAGAUUCAGAGGAUGGGCAACAUCGUUCCUUUGGGGUUCCCCAAGAUGGCCAGUAAGGAGACAACACUGGAAGGAUAUCUCAUCCCAAAGGGCACAGCCAUCGUGACCAACCUGGCGUCGGUGCCCUUCGACAAGAAUGAGGGGGAGACGCCUGAGAUGUUCAACCCUCAACACUUCCUCGAUUCGGAGGGCCGCUUCCGCAAAAGAGACGCCUUUCUGCCGUUUUCUGCAGGUUUGCGGCGACAAACGUCAAAGUUCCGUCGCUCCGGUGCAAAAGGGGUGUGCACACUUUUGGGCUUGAGGGAAAGAGGGCAACGGUUAGCUGUUGCUGAGGUGUAA